GACACACGUUUGGCUUGAUAGACAGAGAAAGAGAGGCACUUUAAGUGCACGGAAAUGUGCAAUUGUAAGACUCUCAACCGUCCACGUUUUGCGCUGGCAAUAGUUUGUGGCACGUUGGCGAAAUGAGGAGGCAGCGCGGCGUUUCGAGAUAGAAUCGUGUGCACUGUUGUGUCAAAUGGGAUGUGCGACGACAAUGGAGGAGGAUUUCGCGAAGAUGGACGUGAUGAAAGUGUCUGAGGAGGAUUUGAGGCGACGGAAGAGGGACAGAGAGAGGAUGAGUGAGGAGUUUCGACAUUUUCUCCAGGAGAAUCUCAAAAAAUCAUCAUCUCAUGAUGACAAUAAAUCACAAAUAGAAUGUGAACAGUCGCAGCAGAAAGUGGUGAAUUCAUUAAAUGUAGCAGAAGUUGUAAGAAACUUGAAUGAAUCACCAAGGUCUCCACUUCGUCUUUCACCUCACGAUGGCGACGGGAUGAAGGCACAGCAUGGGAUUUCAUCAUCGGUGAUGAGCAUUAGAGAAUCACCGACGAAGAUGGUGAAGCAGACACCGCCGCAUGGCGGGAGGACAGCUGAUGAGGAGCCGACGACAUCGGCGUGCAAGAAGGUGAGGAGUUAUGAUCCAAUCGAGACGCGGAGGUAUAUGCGUUGUCAGCAGAAGAAGCGCCAAGUGGAGCUGAGGAAGAUGCUGACGGUGGAUCAGGAGCGCAAGCAGGAGAUCCAGAAGCGUCUCGCGGAGCUGCAGGAGAGCACACGGCGCAUCCUGGGCAAGAGUGUGAGGCAGAAAUGUGUGGUGGGAAAGGUGGACAAGAGCUCGACGGGAAGUCAGAAAGUUGCUGUCCAAGAUGCAAUAAAAGGCAGCAUCAAGAAGCCUCCGCGCACAAGUGGCACUGAAAGUAUGGAUGGAGGGAACUUUCAUCGUGUGAGCAUUGCUGGAGCGCCUAAAGUGCCUCGAGGUGUGAACACAAAUGCUGUGGAUAAGAAUCUGGUCAGUGACAGAAAUAAAUCCAACAAAUUUGAGGAUAAAUCAAGUCGGAUGAAAAGUCCACAACAGAGAAUUAAUGUGAGUGCCAAGAGGCCUCCGGAGGAGAAGCUUGAGGUGCCGUCACACCUCAGCCUGUCACCGUCACGCGGGGACAAGAGCAGCUCCCGAGGAGUCGUCCCGCAUUGGCUGCGACCCACAUCUGUUAACGCACAUCCCUACAACUUCAUCACGGCUGUGCGGGAGAAGCUGGACGCCAUCUCGCACGUCCAGCCUCUGGAGAAAGCGCCAAAUGUCCAGGGAAAGAGCAGCAUUGCUCAGAAGGACUUCAUGAUGACGACUGUGUCGAAGGGUGACAAGUGGACGGACCUCAAUCGCUGGUCUGUGCAGCAGGAGCACAAUGCAAAGAGAGGAAGGAGUGUCUCGCAAUCCCUGGACACGCCGCUCAAGCCGUCAGGAGUGAAGAAGAAGUCAGAGACACAGAAGAGUGUCUCCGAGGGUUUGCUCACGCAUCUCUCUUCGGUGUCCCUCCACGUGCCGGAGUCCAACACAAUCUCAGACAUCAGCAGCAUUCAAUCUGAGAUUUUCCCCUCGAGCAUCCGCCUCAGUGGCAGAAAGAACGCCGUGAGUUGUGGUGAAAGAGCUUCCGUGUCGGAUGGCGGAAAAUCUCCGGAGGCCCGCAUGAGUGUGGCGACGGUGGCGAGUGGAUCAGUGAAGGGAGUGGUGGUGACUGGUGAGUGUAUUGCUCCCGUCGCUGCACGAGACAAUAAUCAAUUGAGUCCACUGUCCACGGAGUUGGUUAAUACAAUGAGGAUUAUGUCACCGCGAGGGAAAAGAGAGGAAAAGGUGGCGAUUGCGAAAGAGAUCAGUGACGAUGAUGGGAACAAUGAUGGGGGUGGUGGG